AUGAGCCGACAGCCACAGCCUCACCUUGCGCGAACUUCGCGCUCCUCUUCCCUCCCGGUGUCACCAGCGACUUCGCCCAUGUCCCAGUAUGUGUCCCGCAUAGAUUCCAAGGGAGCAUUGGACAGCAGCAGCCCCGAAGCCAACACGGAAGAUGAGAAGACCGAAGAGGACAUUCCUACACCCAAGAACUAUCUGUGGCUCACCAUUGUCGCGUGUUUUUGCCCAGCGUACCCAGUCAAUAUCGUGGCUUUGGUCUUCGCAAUCAUGUCUCAGAACAGCUACAAUGACGGAGACUACGAAGGAGCCAGGAGGCUGGGGCGGAAUGCCAAAUGGGUGGCCGUCGCCUCCAUCGUCAUCGGCCUGGUCAUCAUUGGUGUUUUCUGUGCGGUGCACUUCUCCAGGAACCCCUGAAGAGCCAGCAGUCAGCGGGCAGCAUGGAGGACAGUCCUCAUCUGACACAUCCCAAGAAGUUUCUGAGGAAUGGAUCCUCGAUUUCAGACUGUGAGAUCCUUCCCUCCAGGACUCUCCAGAGGCAGGUCCCUGGCAAAUGAACACCAAGUCCGGACGCAGGAAAUCAGAGUGGCACAGACAUGCCCACCAAAGUCACUGGCUGCUGAAAAACAAGAAAAUGGUGUCUCGCUGUCUCAGUUUGGCAAACUCUGCGUCCAUUCCUCUUCUGUGGGGAUGAACUUCAGAAACCUCACAAUUUUUCAUGGGGGUGGGGGUCUGGAUUUGAGGGGAGCCAGUGGUUUCCAAGGAGAGCAGUGAAUGCUGGUGUUUACAAAAUAGAAUCCAAACCUUGUAGCAUGUUUAAAGUUGUACAGCAACUUGAAUUCAGAGAUUUAUUUUUCCCAUGCUGUAGGUUCUUACCACUUCCCUCAGCAACCCCAAAGCUCACGCAAGCCUUCUGGACUUCUGCCCCAUGUUUAAUGUUUCCAAUAGUCCCUCUUCUGCUUCUAUCUGCACCGAUCACUCAGAGCCUGAGAAUGAGCCCAGAUCCUAGGCAUAUGUGC